AUGGAAGUCACAAAGGCUUCCGUGGUUCGAUAUAGUUCCCCGCUGAUUCUAGCAGCCGCCCUAGUGCUUCUGGUUUCCUUCCUGCUGUCCCACAAAUCGUUUAUCCGCCUGACCUUUGCCUCUUGCAAGUUAUGCACGCAACUCAAAAGGUGGUGGGAGCGUCAACAAGGUGGUGAUAGUAGCAGUGAAGUGGAACUCGAUGUGAUGCGUUGCAAGUGGAUGCAACGCUUCCUGUUUGUAUGUUCCGUCCUGACCAUGUGCCGUUUGGUCUCUCGACAGAUUGCAGUCCUUCGUGAGGACAACACCAAUGCAGAGUUUGAUCUCCACAUUUUGGCCGCUGCCGUUUUGUCGCUCGUGGUGACUUCCUUCCCACGACUCAUCACUCCCAAAAGCCUCGAUGUUUGGUACGUGCUGAUUUUGGUGAUCCUAGAUGCUGUCCAUUUGAUUCCUCCCGUUGAGGUGGAUGUUCGGGACGUGAUGGCUCUUGGUUUCCCAAUUCGCUUCAUUUUGGCAGUGCUGGCCAAACGGAUUUGCUGCGUAGCAUUUUGCAUCCUAGUCCACUUGCUCCAAGCCAUUUUGAUCGCCAGAUUGCAAGGACAGCGAGGAGGAGCAGACUCAACUGAGUGGCUCGUCGGAGUGUUCUCGCUCAUGUUUUUUUGCAUCCUCAUUGUGCGGAAUUUGAUGCGUGAGAAUGUGCUUCUCAAGGUGGAUUUGCAGAAGAGGACCGUGGAAUUGGGUGCAGUUUCCUCUUUGCUGACCGCGUGCUACGAUGCGGUUGUUGAGCUGGAUCAAAAUUUUAAAUUGACCCAGGAUUCGGGCCAACUCUCAUCCAUGCUUCUCCAAACUGCACCAAAAGUUGGUGGUUUGGCAGGGAAGUCAUUGCUUGACUUCUUCAGCGAGGGAGACAGACAGCGCAUCUCCGAGCAAGUACUCAAUCCUGUCGAGAAUAUCUCUGCCGUGGCCUUGAAUGCGGACAUGCUGGAUUCUGAUUUCAACCAUGUCCAAGUGGAGCUGUUCUGUGCGCAGUUCAAAAAUUUGGCAAGUGAGAGGUGCUUUCUAGUGGGCUUGCGAGAGCUUCAAGACUUGGAACCUCCUGCUCCACUUGGUCCUUCAGAUCCCUCACGCCUGGCAGGCAAUGAGGCUCUUCUUGUGAUGUAUGAUGUGUAUAGCUUCGACAUUCAUAUCAUGAAUGGCGAGAUGCAACGGCUUUGCAGACCAUACUUCGGGGACACAACCCCUGACAGUAUUUUGAGCCUUGCGAGCGGCAACACACGGCUAUCGCUCAGCCGCCAAUUGCAAGACUUGGGAAAUGCCAUCGCUGUACAGCAACCAAACGACAUCGGACCUACUACUGUGACCUUUGAUUUCUUGGGAUUCAGCAGUCCGUCGGCUUCCAGUCGUUCCAAUCAUUCUGCCAUGGGCACCAUCAGUGAGCUGCACUACCUCCGGGAGGACACUCGCAAAUCCUUCCGCAAGAUUGCUCUCUCAGAGCACCCAGACGUGAAUCCUGACGACCCAGAAUCGCAAGAACGAUUUCAGAAGCUGGUGGGUGCCUACAAUUCCAUCAUGGGGGACGAGAUCUUUCCGGAUGAGGUCAUGGAGAUCCGGGUGCAGAUGACCAAUCGGUACCAAGAGCGCGUCAAAAGCGAGAUGCGUGACACGAGCGGCCUGAUGUUUAUGGGCAACGCGCGGCUGAUUCAAGGAGUGAUCACCGUCAUGUUUUUCGGCAUCCUGUUCGCUUUGAGCCAAUCAGAUCAAGAUACUGUGACUUCCCUGCUGCUGCCUCCGUCGGCGCGACGCGGCUUCUGAGUCUGAUGUUGUCUUGGCAGUCUCUGGUUCUUUCACUGUUGCUUUUGUUGCCCUAUAUCUUUCAAAAAUCUUUCAAAUCUUUACCAUUGACUUGAACAAAACAC